GGCGGGGUCGGUGGUGGUCGCACAGAACGUCAAACAAUGAAUCAGUCAAGUGAAGAAAGUUCCAGUUCCAGUGACACAGAAUUGGAAACUGAGAAGGAGGAACCUGUCUGUGCUGUAUCUCCAACAAUUUAUAGCCGAGAUGAGGGAUCCACUGAUGUAACAACAAGUCCUGCAUUUCAGUAUUUAGAUGAGCUACUUUCUGAUGGAAAAAUCACAGAUGAGAGAGUAGAUGAGCUGAAGGAAAAGUACAUCCAUCUGCAUAAGACUGUGAUAAGUUUACAGGAAUCUGAGAUCCAGUUGUUGCAGGAAGCCAAGCGUCUUAGUGUAGAACUGGAACAACAACAACAUGAACUGGAAAAAGCAGAGCAGCUUCCUGAAGAAUCCUCCAAUAAAAUUUCCCAAAUAAGGCAGAAACUUCUUAGUUGCCAAAAUGAAUACGAUGCUAUUAAAGAAAGAGAAUAUGAAAUUCAGUUCAAAUUGGAAUGUUUGCAAGAAGAGAAAAGGCUUCUCAAAGAUGAGUGUGGAAGAACUCCAAGCGAAAGUGAAUCAGAUAAAAAUAAGCAGUUGAAAGAAAAUUAUGAUGAGCUCUGCAAAGAAGUAAUCCAAAGAAAAGCAGAAAUUAAUGCAAUAAAGGAAGAUAUAUCAUCCAAGCAAAACCUGAUGUUAAUAGAUAAGAAGGAAACAGAAAAACUCCUGGAGAAGCAGGCUAAUUUAAAAGAUGAGCUAGUAAAGAUUCUUGAUGUUCCAGCACAACUUGGAAAAGAGACUGAGAACAUUAGUACGGAAAAAAAUGAUGCAGAGAAGAAGACAGAAGCCCUUAAUAACCAAAUAGAAGAGUUUACUGGGACCCUGAAAGCCAUUGAGAAAAGGACUGAAGAGAUUUUGCAAGAAAAAAAGGAUGUAAUGAAGGAAUUGGAUGGGAAACAAAUGUUGCUUGAAAAGAAAGAACAAGAGUGCAUUGCUUUGACAAAACUACUAGAAAUCAGCAGAGAGAAGGAAUUAGAAGUCGUAUCAGACAGAGAAACUCUGAAACAUAACAUAGAUAAAUGUGUCUUGGAGAAAAAAAAGCAACAGGAUGCUCUCAAUCACAAGCAAGCACAGAAAGACAGAGAACUGAGAAACUUAAAAAAGAUGGAGUUGCAGCAGAAUAUGAUUUACGAUUCCUUGAAACAAGCUAAGAUGCAUCAUAAAAGACUCAAAUUAGAGGUAGAAGCCAUCCCUAAAAGGAAUGGAGAGCUAUUGGCAAGGCGAAGAGAACUGCAGAGAGAAAUUGAAAUGACCAAGAGACGUUUGGCUGAACAGGAAAAGAUGGCAGGGAAGGAUGCCCGCAUAUUAGAGGAAUGUAUUGCUGAAGAAGGACAGCUUUUCAAACAACAGGAAAAAUGCAGAGAUGAGUUAUCCAGACUUGCACAUCUGAUGCAGCUCAGAGUUGAAGAGAGGGAACAGAAGUUUAGGAAUGUUCAGAAAGCUCAGACACAACUCCAAAAUAUUAUUAAAGAAAUUAAAAGAAAGGAUUUUGAAAUAAGAGAGUAUAGAAAGAGGGAAAGAAAAAUCCAAAACGAACUCCAAGCAUUUUCUAAAAUGUCUGAUAUUAUCCAAAAUGAAAGGAAUAAAUGUAUAAAUUUGGUGCAUGCUGCUCAUCAGAAAGCAAAUGAUAUUAAAAACCGAGUAAAGUUGCUAGGAAAUGAAACAGAAAAUUUAAGGAAUACUUUGAUAACCAAGGAAAGAGAACUGCAGAAGCAACGUCUGAAGAAUACAAAUAAUGUAUCAAUUACAGACAGCCUCAGACGUGAUUAUUUAAAGACUGAAAAAAUCAUACAGGAGAUGAAAGAAAAGAAACAGCAACGGUGCCUGGAUCUUCAGAGACUUGCCCAUACCAUCACCAGCAUUGAAGAGGAAAUAAUGCAGCUCUGCAAAAACUAUGAAAGGGCUAUACAGCAACAAAAUGAAAGUGGUCUUCUGCUCAGAGAUCGAGAAGAAGAACUGUGCAUUUUAUAUGAAAAAAUAAACAUCCAAGAGAUGUUGUGUAGAAAUGGAGACAUUGAGGUGCAGGAUAUGGAUGAAAAGAUCAGAUUUCUGAAGCUGAAGGUAGCUGAGGAAAAGAGAAAGAUUAAAUUGUGGUCAAAAGUACUCCCAAUGAAGAAUGCUCUCAAUGCACAUCUGGUGGUACUUCAGAUACAGUACUCACAGUGCAAGGACAGAAUUAAGAGGUUGGAGGAAAUCUUUGCUGACCCCGCAAAAGAGAGUAGAAUGCGAGACCUGGGAGGGAAGGACCCAUCCCCACCUGAGCUGCUAAAAAAGAUUGAGCAGCUGGAGGCAGAGCUGUUGAAGAAGGAGGAGAAAUUGCUGGAGAUAGGUUUUCUCCACGAGCAUGUUUCCAGGCUGACAGACAGAAUCCGUGCCAUGGCAGAGAAUGGGAAGCAGGACACAUUGCUGUUAGCUAAAAGGAUCAGUGAACUGCAGAAGAAGGUAAAGGACAGAAACCGAAAGAUGAUGGCUCUUGUUGCAGAGUUAUCCAUGAAGCAAGCACUGACCAUUAAACUCCAGCAUGAAAUGAGAGGCAAAGAGCAAUUUUUGAUUACUGUUUCCUCAAGGAUAGCUCAAGGCCUUCCUCCUCCCAGAGAAACAGAAAGUGAAUGGUUGAAGAUAUUACGCAACAAGAAGAUGCAAAAAGAAGCAGCUGAAGCCAGAGCUCAGCGUGCUGCAGAAGAGGAACAAGCUGCAGAGAGCAGCUGUGUUCACACCACAGCUGAACAGCGCCCAAAUGCCUACAUCCCAGACGAUGCCUUCAGCCUCCCCUUGCCGCGGCCGUACGGAGCUCUGGCUCCUUUCAAACCAAGUGAACCUGGUUCAAACAUGAGACAUUUCAGAAAACCUACCCUGAAGCCAAUUGAAAUCUGA